AUGGGCUUUCCUCGGAAGCAAGCGCAGCAGGCGGUGGCCGCAACUAGAGGCAGGGGCGUCGAGGAAGCGGUGGACUGGAUCGAAGCGAAGAAAGUGGAGGAAGAUCUCGUCGUGGGCUCAGGCGUCGUCGACACUACCCAUCUCCAGCCAUCGAAGCUCAAGAGCGUCGUCCCUUCCCCCAGAAAUGAUUCUAUACCCUUGAUAUCUUCCCCCCAAAACGGCGCCGAAGGGUUCGCGGAGGAGGAAGCAUACAGCAGCCCCCCCUCGCAUGUCAACCGGAGGCGGCGCCUGAUUGCAGAGCACGGGGGGGUGGAACCAGGCGCGAAGAUAACCCCCGGGUUUGUGAACGUGCUGCACCACAAGGGUAAGUCAACCGCGGCUUUUAACGAGAGGACGGAAGCUCCGGGGACAGAGCGGAGUCGGAGAGUGGCCGGGGAGAAGGACCCGUCGACAGAAAGGAGCGAAGCAGUAGCGCCGCAAAUUGGGUGGGAUGAACGGCCCAGCGUAGAGGGAAUUCGGAAAGGCAGCGUGUGCGUUCGGCAGUCAAGCGGUGUGAGGAGGGCGGAGGAUCCCCGAGAAGAGCAGGCGUCGACCGGGGCCGUUCCGAGACUGGGGGAAACUCGAGGCGGGUCAAGCGGAGCAACAGACAUGGGCCAGGCGGAGGGUGCUGAUCUGCUGAGUGGGGCAGUUUCACCUCAGUCUCAGGAAAAGUUAGGCGGUGAUGGAGCGCCAGGCGGCCGCGGCAGCACAUUCGGCUCGGUUUGGAAGUCACCAGAAAAGGAGCGGAAACAAGCGGAACCGGAGGGCACCGAACGGAGUCGGAGCGGAACGAAGAGCCCCGCGAAGCGACGGAGAACGGUGUCGAAGAGCGAGGACAGCUGGGGUCGUUGCGGCGCGAGGGAGUUGGAGAGAGACGGGGCCAUUUCGGAAAGCGACGACGAGUUUGAGACUGACGUGAUGGAUGACGUCAGCACCCCCGCAGAGGUCGCAGGCGACGCGGAUUUUGAGGAGGAGUGGCGGGGGGCGGUGAAAAAUGGUCCCCGAACAUGUCACUUCCUGUUUGAAAACGUGGCGUCCGCCCACCGCGGGCCGGGGGGUUUGGGUCCGGACUUGGAACUAGAGGAGCGUGAGAACGUGUGGGACGUCAUGCAGCGGCACGCGAGGGGCAUCCCCCCGGAACUGAUUGACAGUGUCAAGUACUCCGUCGCGACCCGCAAGCGAAAGUACGCCCACAACAUCCCCCGCGCUGGUCGGACCACGCUCCCGCCGCUGGCCCCGUUACGCAUCUCCGAAAUGUGGCCCGAGUAUCACAGCAACUUCCCUGAUUGGGACCGCCGCAAAAUCACCGACAAAUUGAACAUGAUCAACACCAAAGAGCUGCACCCUUUGAGCCUGUCCGCGCUGAAUCGCAAACUGCGCAACAACGAAAACCUCACCGCUAAGGAGCGGGACGACAUCAGGAGCAACAACCUGAUCUUUACAAGCCCCACCAGCGUAGCCAACAUCCACGCGGAGGAGGUCGAGCGGAUCAUGGGCUUCCCUGAGGGCCACACGCGGUGCGGGAUCCCCCGCGGCGAAGUCUUCAAAGCGCUCGGGAACGCGUUCCAGGUGGACACAAUUGCGGACGUCAUAUCGCCGCUGCACACCUACUUCCGGUCCAUUCCGGGCGGAAUCUCCGUCCUCUCGCUCUUCGACGGAAUCGGGGGCGCCGGCGUGGCGGUGCAUCGCCGCGCGGUGCCCAUCAAGCGGUACAUCAGCGUCGAGAACAACGAGCACUGCCGGACGGUGGUCCAAAAUUGGUGGAAGCGGAACGGUCUGGACCGGACUGGAUGCCUAGAAUUCAUUGAUGACGUCAGAUUGCUGACUACCCGGAAGAUUGCGGAGCUCGUCGCAGCGGGGCCGUUGGAUCUGUUGGUGGGCGGCAGCCCGUGCAACCAGCUAACGGGCAACAACCGGGGCCCGAACAACACCGCGGGCGGCCGGAGCGGCCUGUUCGGGAGGGAGUCCCGGUUGUUCCUGGACUUCUUCCGGGUGCUCAAUGAGGUGGAGCGGCUGCAGUUGCGAGCGGGGCGGGAGUUCGUGGUCGACGUCUGA